CCUGGCUUGAAGAUCUGAAAUCGUCAGCUCCUGUUUUUUGUGAAGAAAAAAGUUUCCUUCAGCUGCGCUCCUCCAGAGCUGCCUCUGAAAGGGAGGUCUGAUGUGGUUUUGCAAACACUGAGGAGGAUUCCAACGCCAUGGAGUUUCGGCACCUAAUCAUUUUCCUUUCCAUUUUUGCAGCCGGCAUAUCGAGGCGAACUCUGGAGAAUUCAAAGCAUGAAGAGUCCUGUGUCUCUCAAUGUGCUGAAAUCAAUGUGCUGCCUCUCCCAACUGGAUCCAGAUUCAGCUAUAGAUACUCCACUUCAACCAACACAUUCCUUCCAGGAAGGGCUGAAGAAAGGAGUGGCAUCUCCCUUGAAGGCACCGCUGUUGUUGAAGUGCUGGCAAGAUGUCACAGAGUCUUAAAAUUGCAAGAUGUCCAGAUCAAGAUGACAGCUGGGUCCAAAGACAGGCCGCACAAAGAAAAUGGAAGUUUAAGGGAAGCGCUGGAGCAGCAUCCCCUUUGGUUUUGUUACCAUAAUGGAAAGAUUCUGAAGAUUUUCCCCCGAGGGAGUGAGCCAAUCUGGGCACUCAACAUCAAGCGUGGCAUCCUCAGUGCUCUUCAGACAUCCUUGGUGGCAACAACCAAUGGCAGUGUGGAAGAGGUGGAUGUCCUGGGAAAAUGCCCAACCAGAUAUCAGCAGAAAGGGCCUCUCCUUUUGAAGACGAAAGAUUUAAACCUGUGUUCUCACCGGUUUUCUGGAUUCACUUCUCUGAGGUCCAUUGCUUUGCCCAAUGCACCACCUGAUCAGCAGCUCAUAUCCUCCAAACUUGAGUGUGUUCAGAAGUUUGAGGAGGGAAUCCUGGCAGAAUCCCAAUGUAUAGAGUCUCAUCUCACUGCAUCUCCUGGGAGGAAGGGCAGCGGAGUGAAGACCCAAACUCGGAUGGCAAUGAAACUGUUCCGAACGGAAGCUGAAAUCACAGCACAUGAAAGAGUAGACAUCAAGGAUAUCUACGAGAGCAGCCUCUUAUAUGAAAGGGAAAAAACAGCACGAUGGCCAGGAAAGGAGGAUGAGGUGGUGGUGGUCUCCAAAAUACUACAGAAGCUUUGUAUGAAUCCUAGAGCGGAUUCCGAGUCUGCCGACCUGUUCAUGGCAUUGGUGUUUGAACUUCGCCUUCUCUCUGCUGGUGCCUUGCUGAGCCUGUGGCAGGGAUCUUCAUCGAAGUGUCAAGGCAACUGGCAACCUCUAGUGGACGCUCUCCCCUCCUGCGCCACCGAAGCCUGUGUGGUCCUGAUGAAAGAGAUGAUCGUCUCUGAAGAAGUAGACGAGGACAAGAUGGAAUCAUUCCUUUGGUCCCUCUCCUUCAUCCCUGAGCCUACUGCAGGCAUGAUUGAUGCUCUGGCUCCUCUGCUACAGUCACCACGAAGGAGACAGAGUGCCUUUUUAGGAAUAACUGCCCUGGUAAAUCACUUCUGUUCCACGAGAAAUGACUGUGACCAUGAGCCUGCCGUUGGGGGCAUUAUGCGGAUUCUGGAGGGAUACCUGGGAAGAAAAUGUACCUUGCAUGAGUCAGUAGGUAUCAGCCAGGUGGAACUAAUUUUAAAAGCAAUUGGAAAUGCAGGACUUGCAGCAGCACAUCUUGUGCCCAUCCUGAGUUCCUGUGCGAUGCUGAAAAGCAACCCUACAGAAAUCCGACUGGCUGCCAUAGAGGCCUUUCGCCGUGUUCCUUGUGCAGCCAAUCAUGCUACAUUAGUCCGUCUGUAUCAAGCCUACAAUGAGGAUGUAGAAAUAAGAAUAGCUUCUUAUCUCAUGGCCAUGAAAUGUCCCAGUGAAGAAUUAUUUCACCAAGUUAAAUGGACUUUGCAGGAGGAGAAGUCCAGCCAAGUGGGUUCGUUUGUCUGGCGUCACCUCUCUGAACUUCUGGAAACAGAUGACCCGCUGAAGCAACAUCUUAAAAAUUCUCUUCCAAAUGACAUAAUUGACAAAGAAUUUGAGGGGGAGACAUGGAAGUUUUCUUCAUAUUCAGAUGUUACCUUCCACUCGGCAGCUGCAAGCACAAACAUCGAGGCCCAGCUCAUCUUUUCACCAGCAUCUUUCAUCCCACGCUCAAUAGCAAUGAAUUUGACCAUCCAUGCACUGGGACGUGCUAUCAAUCUCCUGGAGAUUGCCAUACGGUUAGGGAACAUGGAAGAUAUCGUGCAAAAGUUAUUUGGCCUCCAUCCAGCUGAAGAUGCCAAAGGGAGAUUCCACAAGGCAGAACCUCCCAUUGAGACGGGACGUAAGGCUUCUCUGAAUAAACCAACAUUUGAGAGAAAUGAUCCAUCUUCUAAAGAAAGAAAGCCCAGCACAAGGAAGGAGAAGCAGAAGUGCCCAAAUGGGCAGUACAAUAAGAUGAGUGAGUUAGCCAAAAAGUUCACCAAAAGGAUGGGAAAGAAGAAGAAACCAAAAUGUAGUCUGAGCAUAAAAGUCUUUGGGAAUGAGCUUGCUGUUUUGGACUGCGUGGAUCUGAGAAGUCAAGCAAAACUCUAUUACCUGAACCUUGUGGAACUAGUGGUAAAACUGCUAAAGGGUCAAGAAGUCCAGUUCAAUAAGAGGUUGAGUUUGGCCACAGAGGAACUGCUGUUCCCAGCAAUCUCGGGUUUGCCUCUCCUCCUGGCUUUAAAUGCCUCAGCAGCAGUCAGUGCAGCAAUCCAAGGCAAUAUGGACUUUAGACAACGGAGCAAUUUUUUCGUCAACGGCUAUAUCAAGCCAAGUGCUGUCUUUCAGAUUUCUGCCCAAAUGGGAACUGUGGGAACUCUGGGGGAAACUGGCUUGAGCUGGUCAACUGGAUUAAGGUCCUCAGCCAGCCUUGAUGGAGGGAUCCAAGUGAAAAAGGGGAAAGAGGUUAAGGUUUUUCUGAACACUCCCGAAGAAUCUAUGGAGAUGGUUUAUUUCAGCUCUGAACUGUAUGUGAUGACUGUGGAUGGAAUGGAAACUGCUCACGGUUUCCCAAGCCAUAGCGAGACUAGAUCAUGCACAAGUGAGGAAGUGUCGAAGGCAUUGGGCUGGCAACUGUGCUCCGAGAUCUCUACCCCUGACGAUGAGACCAGCGGUUUCAUUCUUCCAUUUCCCGGACCAGCAAAAUUUGCCAUAACGUUAAAGAAGCAAGACCGAAGCCUGUACCAGUACUUAAUGAAAGCUGCAUAUAAUUAUAUUUCUCAGAAAGGUUCCUGGAUCCCAAGUGAAGCUGGCCUGCAUUUCUUUAUAGGGACUCCAAAAUCCGAGUUGAAAAGGGAGGUUGCUAUCAACUUCCAUUUGAAUAUCCCUCAAAAGAAAUUCAGAAUUGAAUUUAUCCACCCCAAGAAAAAAAUGCAAGUGAAUGGAAACAUUGAAGCCUCUAGAAAUUCACGUGUGGGGCAUCUGGAGCUGAUAGUUGAUGAUGACAACAUCUACUACAUCAAGGGAAGGGCAGAUCUGCACAUGGCAGCUGCAGAGCAGAGGUACACAAGCCACCUGGAGACAAAGUUGCUGAGAGAUGGGAGCCCCAUAGUUCUUUCAGGAAAUCUCACAAAACAGCCUGGGAAGAAGAUGGCAUUUUCAGUAUCCUUGAUUAAUCUACUGAAGGACUCGGCUUUCCUUUCAGUGUGUAUGGAGAAGAAAGCAGAUGAUAAGCUGAAGCAGUAUUCACUGGAGGGAGAAACCCACAUUCCAGGAGUUCUUGGAUCUCACAUCAUUGCUCUUCUGCAACAGCGAGGGGACAUCUGGUCCAGUGCCCUGAGAGUUAAAUAUGGAUUGUUUGGAGCUGCAAAAAGCCUUCAGCAUGAAUGUACCACGGGCCAGAAGUUGAAAGUGGAGAAUGUCCCAAAGGAUGCCUACCGGCUAGAUUUGGAGCAUGAAUUCUAUUGCACACAGAUUUUAGCCUACAACCACAAGGUCGAUCUACGUCACGAAGAAACGGUCUCUCGCCUGCAUUCCCGACUAGAGCUGAACUAUGGAAAACACUGGGACGAAAUCAACAACAAGCGGAGAGUGAUAGUCAGCCAGACAUUUACAAAUAGUUCUCGUCCAGCUCUGACUAGCUAUUUCAUGGAGUUCACCAUUCAAGUGCCCGAAAAGCAAGUGGAUUACAGAACUCAGCUCCAGCACUCCUGUUCCAUACAGAGCUCCACAGAAAUAAGCACCCACUUCAAAGUGCACUAUAACAACCGCAUCCCUUUUGUGGUGGGGCUGCAGUGGAAAGAGACAUCAAGGCAUUCUCUGAAGAAAUGGGAAGGUACGUUCAACAUGGACACACCCUGGCUGUACCUGUUUGCUGCUCACAAGCUACACCAGCCCCAGCAUUCGGCUUAUUUAGCAACCGUUGAAUUAACCGCUGGGAAGGCCUUUGUGGUCAAGGGUCUACUUGUGGAGGUCUUCUGCAAGGACAGAGAUGACAAGAAGGAAGGAAGAAUUCUGAUCCACACGCCAACUGCCACCUACUUGCAGGCAUCUACAGUCAACUACUUUGCAAGCGGGUUUCUGCACAGCCAGAGUGAAGUGGUGUCUCUGGGGAAGCAGCUCAUAAAGAAUGAGAUUCGCCUGGAAAAUAAUGAAAAGACAAAGUUUCUCCAUUUCUGUAUAAAGUCUGCAAAGCAAGAACUCAAUAUGACGAUGGCUUACUUUCACCUGGAGGUGCCUAGGAAGGCAAACAUUUCUGUGCAGGUUUUGUGGACGGAUCACAAGACCCCGCCACCGCUUGUGCUGCAGUUUGAGGCACAGAUAGAAGAAGUCAAGAAGGAGAAAAUGCUCUACCAAAAACGUGGGACUGUCCUGUUCAGGCACCCGUUUAAACUGCCCAUCCCGCAAAGCUUUCUCCUCCAAGAAACCUUCACUCUGAACAAAAAGGAGAAGCAUUAUUUCUUGGAAACAAAGGUUUUGAUCAACGAGCUUGAAGAGUCUGUUCAAACUCUCACACUCAGCUACCAAGCUGAAAAUCCGCAUGUUUGUGCUGGAUUGACGCAUCCAUACAACAGCAAGUUCUUCCCCCAAAAUAUAGAGGUUUGCGCCAUAACACGAAAUCUCAGCUGUGUGAAACGGGAGAUCGAAGUGACCCUAAAGGUCAACAGGAAAGAGGCUCUCAGCUUCCUGGGCAAAUACCAGAACCAAUCUAGCAUGGCUGAUUCCCAACACCUGGUACAAAUGGACAUGACACAUGCAUUCCAGCUCAAGUUUCCAAAGUCGGUUGCUAUGAGGGGGGAGCUCUUUUCAAGAGAAACCAGGCUGGCUGAUUUUGCAUCCGGUGUGACAAUAACAGCUACUAUCAACCAGCAGGAUACUUCGCAGUUUACAGCUUGGCUGAAUGGAACCAAGACUGGCUUUGGAAUUUAUUCACAAUUUUCUCACUUGAAUCAGUCAAACUUUCCUCCAAGUUUUCAGGCCCACGCCACCACAAACCGAUACAGCAGGAAUGGUCUCAAUGGAUCCUUUUGCCUUCACUCCGGCAGAAAGGACCUUGUGUUGCUGGAGGUGGACUUCAAUGGUGAGAUGAGGAAGGAUGCCGGAAGCAUCAGAGUGAGCUCUCUCCUAAGACAGGCAAUUCUGACACAGUUCAGAUAUUUGUGGCUGCAAUUCAAUGGCAAGAUGUCGCCAACCAGAGCUAUGCUGUCUUCUGCAGUGAAGAUGAAUCACAAUGCCUUUCACCUGGGCGUUGUGGGAUCCAAGGAGCAGAAAGGGGGUCUGGUGCUGACCCUCCAUGGCAGUCUCCGGCACAAUGUUCUCAGCUUAAAGCACAUCAUACCCCAGGACCUUUCCCUGGAUGGCUCUCUCAAGCACAAAAACAACAUCCGUGAAGGCAUCAUGAACAUCAUGGUUAACCAGUCGGUGUUUGGAGCGCACAUCCGGAACAGAAAUGUGUUUGGAAACGAGAGCUUUCAUAACAUCGCAGUGGCUAUGACUCAGAAUGGUAGCUGGGCUUUCCCAAGAGAGGCAAAGCUCCGAGGGCAACUCGAGCUCAGAAGAGGAAUUCAGAAGGGUUUGGCCAGUAUCCAGGUGGACAUGAGAGCUCUCCAUCUUAAUAUCUCAAAUAUCAUCAUUCUGGAGCAUCUUGGAGCCCCAGGGAUGCCCGCCAACAACAUCAGUAAUUUCUAUACCACAGAAAGUAGCAUCCUGGCCACAUAUGGCCACAUCAGUACUAACCGCACAGUAACUCUGAAGUUGCAAGGCAGUAGCAGAAAGAUGGCUGCAGCAGCUGGACCUGAGCAGUGGCCCUCGGAAACCCUUCAAGCCCAGAUUAUUGCAAAUUUCAGCCACAACAUGCCAGAGCUGAAGAAUCAUAGGAUCCCUUUCCGCAUAGAGUCUACCUGCCAUUACCAAAAUUUCAGCGAGAAGAUGGCAAUGAGAGUGGCAGCCCAGGCUGGUGACGAAGAAUUCAAGAUUGAAUUGGAGAAGCAAGGCACCAAUAGCACCACAGGGUUUUCUCUUUUCCUUUACCAUGAUGUGGGAAUCCUAAUGCACACCAUUCCACCAUUAGUACGGAUCCAGUGUGAUGGAGAAUCCACAUCUCACCAGCUUUCUGGCCAUUGUCACGGAGAGGUUGCAAAUCACUCAGUGGAGGCACCGACGAGAGUUUUGCUCAGCGGGUCAGUGGGGACUGCCAACUGCACAGCCGACGUGAUUGGAGAGCUCAUUUCCAACGCCACCUUUGCUCAGUUCCGUAUCCACGCUGCCUGCAACCCUCAGCACAGUUUGGAAAUCGGCCUUAGGCAUGCCUGGCCUUACCUCAGCUCUCUGGGUCUUGCCCAGGAGAACAGGAUAAAAGCAGCUGCUGUGAAAGGGGACGAGUACAAAGGCCUCCUGGAGGCCACACUUGGGAAAUGCAAGUUAACAGGCAAUGGAGAAGUGAAUUCAGAGGGUGAAGUCACAGCCGCAGAAUGGAAAGUUAUUCUUCUAAAUAAAUGUGACCUUCUGGAGAAAAUGGAGUUACCCCAGAAACUAGUCUCCAGGGGUUCGUUCCUCAUGAACAUCUAUAAUGUCAGUUUAGCAUCACACUUCUGGUGUGAUGGCAAAACAGCUGAUGUGCAGCUGGAGGUGUCUUCUGUAGACAAAUAUACCAUGCAAGGAUCUCUGGGUCACUCUUUCCCCUACCUCUAUGAUCAAGGGCUGCCUCCGGACAACUCACUCCAUAUCUCUGUGACAAAUGGCUCCAUCCUCAACGGACUUCUGUUGCUGCACAACGGAAACUGCAAGCUUGAAGCACAAGGAGAAAUCAGACCCCGGAACCAGACUGAAUGGGCCCUGGAGAUGGAAACAGAUUGUACAGUUUUGCAGGAUCUUGGAGUCCCGGUGAAAAUAGACGGGUCAGGGCAUAUUUUAAUCAACAAAACGUACGUGGAUUCUCAAGUACUGUUUACUGCAGGUGAAAAUAGUUUACAUGGAUUCCUCGUUUUAAAAGCAAUGGCUACCAGACAAGAGCUGCAUGCGUUGCUGACCCAUAAUAUCAAAAGCAGCCUCCGUUUGGGCAUACCUGCCAGGACGGUAGUGGAUUUAAUUUCAGAAAAGAAUGGCACCAUUUGUAAGAGGUGGCUUCAGUUCAGCGUGGAUGGCAAGCAGAUCGCAGAGGAACUGAGCUUUACACAGAAUCUGGACCACAUCUCUCUUGACUACAGGCUCACACAUAAUCUAGAAACUUUGCAAGCACUGUGGAUAGAAGACAGGAUAGAGUUGCAGGCUGUGGCUGGGCUGGUGGAUGUUAAGAACCUGAGAGUGAAGAUUCAGUAUGGUUCAUGCUGGAUAAAUGUUACAGGGCAAAUACAAGCCAUUGAAAGGAGGGUAAAUUUAACAGGGAACUUUAAUCACAAAUGGUCGUGGUUGCUACGCUCAUAUAUCCCAGAAACCAUCCAGGUGAUAAUGUCCUCUGAAGUUAAUACCACUCAAGAAAGGUGGAUCCAGACCGUGAGUGGACAAACGCUUAUUACCUAUACCUCUAACUCCAUCCAUGUGAAGCAGCAACGCAACACCUUUUGCUGCAGUCUGCAUAAUGUUACGACGGCGAUAACAUCCAGAUACCCCGCAGCAAUCAAUUUGACCUUCUUCCUACAGAAACUAGAAAACAAAGCCAAAGCAGCAUUUCAAGGGCUAUUGAAUAACGAAAGUGUGGCUGUCACUGUGGAGGUCCUCACUGGCUUUGAACUGCGUGGCCCUUUGGAACUCACAGCGGAAGUAAAACAUUCCUUAGGUUACCUGAAGCAACACGGCCUCCCUUUCAGCCUUAAGCUGACGCUCCUCAAUAUCCUGUUUGAAAACAAGACAGAAGCAUCCCUGAAGCUGGCUUGUGACCCAAAUCUGAAUCUCUUCUUUGUUUUCAGGGCUAGAAAUAAGUUGCAAAGUGAAGAAUUGCAUAUCAGAUGUCUCCAGAACCUGCCAUUUCUCCUUCAGCAUUUCCCCAGCACGGCUGAAGUUUCCUCAAAGAUAAAUUAUUCUACCAAAGAAGCAGAAGGCAAAAUUUCCAUCCAGAUGGAAAAUAAGGAUUUCCUUGUUUUGACAAAGUUAGCAUUUACUGGGAGGAACCACACACAAGUCCUUGAAUUGAUGCACAGUGUACCCCAGCUAGCAAUCGUUCCAAGGCGACUUGUUCUCACAACAGCUUACCAAAAAAGCAAGAGAACCCAAGCUUUGAGAUGUGUUGCAUUAUGGGAUGGCAAAGAAGCAAAACUCGCAGGCAGCUACACUGGAGUCUUCCCAAAGAUAUAUGGAGGUCAUGAAGUGCAGGUGGAGAUCUGCCAUCCUCUCUCGAUCCCUUUUCCUCAGCGCUCCACGCUCCGCUUGCAUGUGGAGCACUCUGGACAUAGCCACAGAGACAACGUCAUCAUUGGUUGGGAUGCAAAGGAACAGGUCUCUGUAUCUUCUUCUCUCAAGUUUGGAAAAGAGCGUGUCUAUUACUACGCUGCUGUGGCUCACCCUUUUAAUUUCACCAUCAAUCACAUGGAGGUUAGAGCUCUCACCGAAAGCAGAAGAGGCGCCUACAACCAGCAGGUGUGGCUGGCUUGGGACGAUGGGCAACCUGCCCACUUGAAAUUUACAUUUGGAGACAAGUCCCAGAUCAACACCACUCUUUGGGAUGCUUGUAUCACAGCUUCCUCUAGCCAGCUUCAGAAUGUUCUAAGCCUUGCAAGUCUCCAGGCCUGCGGGUCCCUUGAGCAGACGGCAGCCUUCUUGAGUCAGCACUUGGACCUGAAGUGGGAUGGCAGAAAAAUUGUGCAGAAUCUGACAUAUGAGAAAAGCAAGUCAUUGCACCUGGAUAAAAUUCAAGUGGAAGCCAUUUUGGAAAACAUCUUUUCGACUCCAUGUUCCAGUCAGCAUAUCUUGGGGGAAAUUGAAACGGACUACUCAGCUUGGCUUCGUCAUUUUGCGAGCCUCAGAACCUGCGAUAUCCCAGAGGCAAUUGCAAUCUCUGGGAAGCACCAGCUAAACAAGGGAGGUUUUCUCUGGCGAUCAGAAGGCAAACUCAGCCUUGCUGGCGGCGAGGGGUCCAUCAUGGCCACUUUAAGAAAUCGUAGCACAGCCAAAGAGAGGAACUAUUCAACAGAGUUUUCACUCAAAGCACCUGAUGCUGUUUGGCUGGGUGUGGUGGGAAGUGUGGCUUCCUCAGCUGGUCAAAGUCAAGUCCUGGUGGAGGCGAAGAUUGACCCAAAAGAGGCAGUGAAAUUAGCAGCUUCCAAAGGAAAAGGAUGCCUUCAGUGUUACAUUGGAUACCUGAAAGCGGAUGCUGAGGAUGGGCUGGAGCUUGAGGCUUGCACAGAUGGCCAACAGCAUGCCGCUUUCAAUGCCUACCUUGUCAUUAACGGAGAGAGACGAGAGGAAGUGGGGCACUUGGCCCUUGAAGCCACCAACAAGAGCUUGAGCUUCAAGGCCCAUGGCUGUGGAGGUCCAGUCGCUAAAACAGAGUCAAAACUGAGUAAGAUCGCAUCCGAUCUUCAGCACAGGCUGGUGGCAAAGAUCAAGAACCUAGAAGGAGGCCUCCAGGAUUUCAGGAAAUCGGUGCAACACAUUGACUUUCUCUAUGAUGCUGGGUGGCUUUUAAAAACCUCCCAGGAAGUAGCAAGAAUCCUCCAAAACAAAAUGAGAGGAGUUGUCCAGUUGUGGAAACAGAGUGGAGUCAAGCAAGUACUACAGAACAGCCUCCCACUUUACCUGGGCAAACUUCAAGUCAUCAUACAACAAAUGCAGAUGGAGAUGCAAAAGCCAUUGACAACACUGAAGGAUGCCUAUUAUGACGUGACGUUGAAACCUUUGGACGAGGUGUGGCAACAGAGGACGGAGGAGUAUCUGAAGAAACUCCAGGCUUUUGUGCCCACGCUGGUGAAGGAUGUGUGGCUAAUGGAGCCAAUCCAGGUUUCCCUGAGAAUGUUGAAAACUGCCUUGGAUAUGGCAACACAACAGAUGCUGAGCUGGGCAGAAGCCAAAUUUUCCAGAGCAGUGAACAAGCUUCAGAAACCUUUAUCAAGCCUCUACAGUUUUUCAGCCAGAAACUGCUCUGUGGAAGUGAGAUUGCCAGUGAAGCCUAAAGGAGAACCCACGCUGGACCUGGCAAACAUCACAAACUACCUCAUCGAAGAGAAACUUAUGAAGCCCUUCCGACGGCUGUACAGCAUCAACCCAGCUGCAGAAUAUUACCGAUUCAAGCAAAGAAUUAUGGAGAGCCCGUUUGAGCAUCAUGCCUUGCUGAUGGGGAAUAAGCACCUGAGGACAUUCGACGGGAAAAUAUACAGUUUGACCUCCAAAUGCAGUGUCCUCCUGGCCAAAGAUUUUGUUCAUGAUGCAUUUACUGUAAUAUUAAAUCUGACCAGCAGUGGCAGACGGUCACUGCACAUCACCAUGAAUGGUACCACUGUUGUUAUCUACCCAGAACAGAAGAUCUACAAGAAGUACAACUAUUCCCUGUCGGAGGAGAACUGCCAGCAUUUUGACAUCCCUCCUGAAGAAAAUGGCCUUGCAAUCCAAAGAUAUUCUGAUCUUGUAGAAGUGUCCCUGACCGAUGGGGCUUUGUUUUCAUGUGACCUUCGCUAUGACAUCUGUACCCUUACUUUGGAUGGAUGGCAUCAUGGCGUGUCUGCCGGUCUUUUUGGUACCAAUGACAAUGAAGCGGGCAAUGAAUGGAUGCUUCCAGACCAUUCCUAUGCUGGCAGCACGCAGGAGCUUGUGCAUGCAUGGCAGGUGAGCGACCAGUGCAGCCAGAUGAAGAGGACCCUCAAGCCAUGUCUCAAUUCAUCUAGCCCCGAGAUCUGCAAAGCUUUCUUCCUGGAUGCUGAUUCCCUCUUCAGGAACUGCUUCAGAGUAGUGGACCCAGAACCAUUCUAUGCCCUGUGCAAAACUGACAUGUGUGAACUGCAGAGUGUAAAAGCAGCUUGCACCUUGGCUGCGGCAUUUGUGAACUUGUGCAGCAGAAAUUUUGUUCCCUUGCAGAUGCCGCUUCAAUGUGACCUGAGGCUGACAGACAGCAGCUUGCCUAAGACCGUGCAAUGAGCUCAUGGCAGAGGCAGAGACUCGCACUCAGGUCUUCCAGAUCGCAAGGCCGACUCUCUAAUGGAGGACCGACCACACACUGGCUCUUGAUGUACUUAAUCUGCUUGGAGGCCCAGUCUGCCAGCCAGCUACUACGUGGCUUUAGUGAAGAAACUCGGGGAAUAGUUAGACCUGUCUAACUUUCAGAUAGUUUCUGAUUCCACUUUGUUCUGAAGAAGGUGAAAAUGUGCCUUUCUGUGCCCAAAACAACUUUGAUGUGCCUUUACCAUAAAGAACAUCCAGCGUGGAAAGCAUCAAGCACAGUAGAAUUUAUAAUAAAUGGAAAUGUGAAGAUAUGUUGUGUUAACAAAUGAAGAAUCUCAUUGUAGAAGGGUGUCUUGCUCAGGCUGCAAACGGGGAAAUCCAGGCUCUGAAUUCUGGCAGCUCCGAAUUUAGGAUCCUCAGAAUAAAUGCAGAACAAUUCCUGAAAUUUCCCUUUGACACAUGGCUGGUAGGUGUAUUCAACACCUUUCAGCGAAAUGCCUCAUCUUUGCUCUUGCUUUCAAUCCCAAAAUCCAGCAAUCAUCGAAAUGAACUUGAUAUUGCCAUGUGCUAAAUCCAUUCCUUAGAAUACUUUUAAACUGCCUGUGCAGACUGAGUAAUGGCAUGUUAGAAAUCACUGGAUGAAAUGUCUUGGCUGCCAUAUCACCUUAGAUCUUGUAAGUUAAAUAGACUGAACUAUUUUGAUUGAAUAAGAAUAAUAAGAAUAAACCAAUUAUUAGGAAAAUCA